UAGACAGCUUAGUUGUAAAUCUGAACACUAUAGAGCUUAAGCGUUAUAAACCGUACAGUAAGUUAGUGAAGAGUUACACAUCUGUCCCAGCUUCACUCUGAGCUGUGUUUACAUCUUCACCAGGGUUACCAUGUUUGGUCAAGAGGUAGAGAGAAUCAUCGGUGGUCUCUGUGCAGCUCAGAAGCUGGAACGUGACCGGGCAGUUGCUGAUCUAAAUGUUAAGAUUAAAAACUUUUCACCGGAACUUAUUCAGAGUUUACAGAAGGCUCUGUUGAGUAUUGUUUCAGAUUCUGCAAGUCCAUGGGAGAGCAAACAUGGUUCUCUGUUAGGACUACGGGUGCUGGUGUUGAUGUCUGAGGUGGAGUUGGAGAAUGAAGAUCAGUUGGAAGUACAACAGGCAGCACUUAAAGUCCUCACUGACCAGGAAGUGAGAGUCAGACAGGCUGCAGGAGAAGUAUUAGGCUCUCUCUGUCAGAAAGAUGGAGGUGCCACAUUUGUCUCUUGUCGAUCACAUGUUCUGGAGUUGGUGCGAAGUAAUUUGGACCGGGAGAUGACCGAUGAUGAAGCUUCAAGAAAUGAGCACGAGAGCACUAGACAGUUAAUGGAGAAGCUGUCUGCUGGAACCCGAGAAAGAAGAAAUAGCGGCGAUGCUGCACAGAUAUUUCACGACACUGCCGGCUGGAGAAACUUGGAGACGAGCAUGAAGUGUCUUGAGCACAUGAUUGCCGGAGCUGGACUGAAGUUUCUCGCUUAUAUUGACCAAGAUCUGUUGGACUUAAUCUUUGAAGCUUUGACUCACACCAACCGCUUUGUGAGGGAGACGGGCUUCAACGUGUGCGGUGCUCUCGUGUCCUGUGGGGCUUAUGAAGGGGCUGAGUUACUGGAGUCGAACCCGAUGUUUACAUAUGGCGACCAACUAUCACGUCAGCUAGGCCAGGGAUUGGCUGAUAACUGGAGUCAGGUGCGGUUGGCAUCGUCAGUGGCGACUCGCAAGUUCCUCGUGUCCCUUCCACCGGCAGCCAGAGAACGCUUCUUCUCAGUAUUAUUACCUCGGCUCUGUCUCAAUAGAUAUUAUGUUGCUGAGGGAGUGAGACUGUACUCACAGGAAACAUGGAGACAAGUGGCUGGGUCAGAAGGGAAGGCUCUGGUGGAGAAAUACAUAGAUUCAGUGGUGUCUUAUUACAUAGAAGCAACAGCAGCAGAUAACCAUGCUGUACGUGAGGCAGCUUGUGCAUGUAUAGCAGAGUUGGCUCUUAAGAUUGCAACUGAUUCUGUGAGGGUCCACGUACCUGACUUACUACAUUCUCUCACUGUCUGCUUCAAUGAUGACUCCUGGCCAGUCAGAGAUGCUGCGUGUGUAGCGUGUGGCAACUUCAUCCUCUGUUUCCCUGAAGAAGCCCAAGGCACCAUGGAGGAACUCUACCCACUCUUCUUUACCAAUCUCCAGGAUAACAUUCCUUCAGUUCGCCAGGGAGCAGCCAUUGCCAUUGCUAACAUUGUACGAGCUUAUGGAAAGGACGUUUUACCCAUGAUUAUUGAGAAGAUGAAAGAGGGACUGAAAGGAGUGGAGAAUCAACCCUCGGAGACUGAGAGGUACGGUGACCUGGAGAGUGGCCCGGCUAUGUAUGGUGUUGUCAAGCGCAAGAGGGACAAUGACAUGGAUCUUCACUCAAAUAAACAGAUGUUUUCCUGUGGUUCAUUAGCACCCAAGAUGGGGCGAGGUGGAGGUGGGUGCUCAGACUGUAGAUACCGACGUCCACCACAACUCUGGGAGAGAGCUGAUGGGUAUGUGUAUUUAAUAAAUGAAUUAGCCGGAGUUCCUCAUGCAGCAGCCGAAGUCACCACCUGUUUGCCAAUCUUAGCUGAAGCUGUGCGACAUAAACAUUAUGCUGCACAUAUCACUCUUCUGGAGACUUUGUGUAAGACUCUCUCACAUCUUGCCAAGGGACUAGGCAAGCGAGUCUUUAAAGGUCAUCUCUAUCUGUUUCUGGAUGCUAUCUUCUAUGCUUUGGAGUGUGAAAAUGCCCUGACAUCUUCUGCAGCAAGUCAGUGUUUGACCCAGCUGUCGCAGUUUCUUGGCCCGAAUAUUCUCAGAGGUCGCGUUGAAGAGCAUAAUCCCAGUUACCUGAAGGCCUUGGAUGCUAACAGGUUCAUAGCUCCACUGUGAUGGUUGAGCCUCAGUGUGAUGGCAGUUGUGGCUGGUGGCUGAUCUUCCCCUCCCCCCCCACCCCCACCCCCCCUCCCACCAUAUCCAAGUCAAUAAGCUUCAUAUGUUUCUAUAAUGAGCUACAGUGAUGUCAGAUCAGUGUGUUAGUGAGGAACAUAGCUGUGAUUGUGAUGUGUUUUUAUUUGUAAUUUGUGUUGUUGUUUUGUUUUAAUAUGAUACCAUUUGGUUAAAGCUUCAUUAAGGUUAUUCUCUACCACUAUUUAUAAAACAAUUUGUCAUUAGAUACUUGGUCGUGAUUGGCUAAUUCUUCCUACUUCUGUGGCCUUGCAAACACACAGAUAUGUUUCCAUGUGUGGUAAUCCCUGUGUGUCUUGAGACGGUUGUGUGGCUGUGGGAGAGAGACUGUACGGUAACUUUUUGUUGUUGUAGUGAAUCAAUAUUUUUUGAUCUAGUUAUAUGUCUUAGAAUUUUUUACCAUUAUGUAAAAGAUCCAGUUUGUUGCAGUUAAAAGAAUUUUAUAGAAUUUUUUUAUAUAAAAUUAGGUUUUGGUUUAAUUUUGUGAAAAUUUGGGUUAUUAUUUCACUGGCAUAUCUAAAUUUGUUUUGGUUUAUCCAGGUGAAAAGAAAUGGAUAAGAUUUUCUAGAAUAAUAUUUUUUAAAAAAGAUUUUCAUUUGUCCCAGUGGGAAAACUUGGAUCAUAGUUGGUAAGAAAUCUCAUGCCCUUCUCAUCUGCUCAUUGGUGCUGUGUGGCAACACCAUAAAUAUUUAUACAUGUGUAUAAGAGGUCAGUUUAGGCUCUAGUACUCUUUAUCCUGUUAUUGUGAAUCAUCCUCUAUUUGACAUUUGACUAAAACCACAGCAGCUAAUUUUGAUAGAUUUUUUUCCACAAAUGUGAGCCUUUCCUGUAUGGCACAGGGUGUCUGGAGUCAAGUAGAAACAUCCUGCAGUUUGCUUAUUAUCAUCAAAUGACCAUAUUAGAAUAAUAUACAGUCAUUAAUUUAUUCUAAAACAGUACAAGUUGAUAUGGUGUUACUCUCUGUUUACAUUAUACUUGUUAUUACGUGGUGGUAAGAAGUGUUGCCGGAGAACAGCACAAAAUUAUGGUAGUCUCCCCGUUAGGCAGAAUCCCUGAUCCCCAGAACUCUUCGGUAACUGGAAUGGAAAUCGGGCCAGAAAAUUUCCAUAAAAAAAUUCUCCAUUCCUCGUCUGCGAACGAGCUUUCGAGGAUGAAAGUCGGGCGCAUUUUCCUAAAAAUUCCAAGAGAGUUCUGAGAAAAUCUCUCCAAAUCUCCCCAUUCUGGGCCUGGGAUAAAUUUUUUGGGAGUCCCAAGAGAUUGCAUCAUGAUCCAACGCAUCCCCACGUGCCAGGCGCGUGGGUGGCCUACCGAUCCAAGCAACUUGGGUCGUUUAGUUCAUACUCUGCUGCCAUUGUAGAAGGUUGUUCCCUCGCUAGCUAGACAUUCUGCAUUUAAAGAAACUAGAGAAGUAAAGUAUUUUGAUAGUAUUUCAUGACAAAAGAAGCCAGUAUUAAAGAAAAGUAAUAAUAAUACUGUAUUGGUAUUAGGGCAGGAUAUAAAAUUUUAGACGACAAAAAUAUAUGUAAACAAGAAACUUCUUUUUGUACAGUUUUGCUUUUUUUAAAUUGUUACCAUCCUAAAUGUAACUCACUGUACAGUAUAGGAGAGAGUCACAUAUGUUUGGGAACAUUUUUAUAUUUUAUUUUCACAUGCAUGGCAAGCUUCCUCACUCAUGUCUUAACAUUUCCACUACAUUUUUAAUAACCUUUCACCUCUGUGUCAUUUAUCAAAAAGCCUUCCUGUGUCUUCCCUAUAUAUGUGAUUGAUCUGUAAAUGCAUCACAUGCUCUCUGUGUUCUAGUCUUCACAGUCUGUGGUAGUUCAUUUUUGAAGCCUGAGAGAAUUGGGAAUAUGAAAAAUUUUAAAGACACCAUUAAUUUUUUUUUUAUAUAAUUUUAAACAUUCUUAUUUUUAAUCUUUCAGUAAGUUUUGUUGCAUAGGAUAGCCAUGAUAUGAAUGUUGAUAAAUCUUCAUUCUCAUGAUCAUUACCCAGUAUACUAGUUUAUCCUUGUUAGUGUGAGGACAAUAGUAAUUUUAUAUGGGAUGGCUUAAGUAAUGUUCUACUGAGAUUCUUCAUUCAUGAGAACACUUGAUACUGUAUUGUGUAUUACAUUCCAGGUACAGAACGUAGCUCAGUCUCUUGAUGACAGUAUUUGAUCAACUUGCUUUUUUCUCAAAUAUGUUCGUCUGUAAACAGUUUUGUUAUCCUAUAUACAUUGUAUUCUAGUAUAAAUUGUUCUUUCUCUAAACAAUUGUCAUCAUCAACAUAUGUUUGCAUAGUUGUGGUGUAUCACAAAGUAGUUCUUGCACAAAAGGCCAAACUCUUCAUGCUAGAUGAUCAGAGAGGUACAGUAUAUGAUUAGGAAAUAUACAGUACAGUAUAUUCUUUAUAUCCCCUCUACUUAUUUGUGAUUGUAAAAUUAUAUAUACUACUCACAACAUAACAGUUUGAAUAGAUCCUCCCCCCCUCCCCCACAUAGACAUCUGUUGCUUGACUGUCUUAAUGCACUAGAUACAAGUAGGAAGGCUAAUUUUGUAAUAGAAGUACAGGUACAGGGUCCAUUGUCAGUAGAAUGGUGCUCCACUUAUAUUAUCUGUGUAAAUAACUUAACAAGAAAACAAUUAUAAAGACAGAAUUCUACUGUAGUGUAUAGUUGUACAUAAAUUUCUCUCAGUUCUGUGAUAAACUGAUGUCCCAAAGAGUUUUGUAAAUUUGAAUUGUAAACCGUGGUACAAUUAGAAUUUCUUGUCCAUAUUUCUCAUCUUUUCACACUUCCAUACCCAUUUUAUUUGCCGCCAUUGUCAUAGUAGUAUAAAGUUUUUUCUCAUUUGUUGGACAAAAACUGUGUGAAGAGAACAAUUUGAGUGAACUGAAGACUGAAUUAUUAUAUGUAUUAUGUAUUUGUUAUUAUGUAUUGUAUUAUGGUGUAACAUCAUCAGGAUAAUACAUAGGAGUGUUCUAUAUUUCCAGCCAAGUUCAUUAUAUACUUAAAACUCAUUAAUACAGUGUGAGUAUACACCAUUUAUUUGUAUAGGUACCCCUCGUUAUCCAAGGGGAUGAGGUUCCUUGAAAACCUUUCGGAUACCAAAUUUUCAGAGAGCGAAUAACAAUACAAAUGGGAAGAAUAGGGUUUACGUUACAACAAAAUGCCACUAUUAUAACUAAAAAUAAUGAAAUUGGUUUCUGAACAACAAAACAAGUCUACCUAACUAUUGUAAGGUAAUUGCUAAACUAUAUAAGACAUACUGUACUGUCCAGUUUGUAUAGCACCUUAUCAGAGGGGAGUCAAGGCUCACCACAGAGUAAUAUGAAUUUGUGAUCGGAUCAUCUUUCGGAUAAGCCAAGGAAUAAAAUUUUGGGAUACGGAACACUAGGAUAACGAGGGAUACCUUAUAUUGGAGACUGUCACUACUUAGCCUCUGUCUGUUGUACGUCUUACCAACUGAUUUCUUUUCUUAGGAAGUGGUUAUCAUCUUGGCUCCAGCAUACUGUUUAGUUUUACAAGAGAACCUGAUAUAUACAGUCUAUAUAAAGAAUAAACGACCUUCACGUGCACAAGACUUAAUGUGUUCACUGUAUUGUACGUACUUGGAGACGUUACAUAUAAUCAAACCUAAGAUCGUUAGGUAAGGUUUACCAAAGUUAAGGUAAAAUAUUUGGUUCAUGUCUGAUCUCAUAAAUUGUUAAAGGAUCAAAUAUUUCUGGUUCUAACAAAACAUUGAGAGCUGUACUGUACCCAGAUUGGUAGCCACAGCCUCUAUUGUACUGUAAUACUGUACUUCAGUUCUGAAUGUAAAGAACUGUACUGUUUUGCACACAUUGGUACAUAAGACAAUAUUAAUGUGGAAUAUAUUUCGGUUGUGGAUAUUUGUCCUGUUGUUGGUUAAGUAGGGUUUUCUUUAGACUAAUGCUAGAAGUUCAGAAGUUGAUGGAAUUGGAUGAAGCUUUGUGGAAACAUUAUUUACAAGCUGCAGUAUUAAAUAGAUAUAUAGAAACGAGAAUGUAUAGAACCUAUUAGACUUUGACCUAACUAACCUGUCUAACCCAAACUAACUUACCAGAAAGCCCUUUUAAAACACACUUAAUACACUAAAUGUUUUCUCGUUUCCAUUUAUUUAUUUACUUAUUUGUAAUUAACGCUUUUAUACAGUUUUAUCCAAUUUUAUCAUCUUAGGGUUAAUCUAAAAGAAACUCCCAAACCGAUAACCGGACAAAUAUCCAUAGCGAUAUGUUUUAUGUAUUAAAAGAAGAAUAUGAACCAAUACAUCAUAAGUAAGAUGUGAUAUGAAUAUAUUUUGUUUGACGGUCACAUUUAGUUUCAGUUAAAUAUAAUGACUUUUCCCUUGAAAUGUCACAAAUUGUCUCUUGAAUAUGACAACAGUGCCAUUUAUUUUUAAGACAGGACUUGUAGGAAAGAUUUUUAUUUUUAUUUUUCUCUCUCGAUGUAGAUAUUUGUCUGAUUGUCGGUUAGGAAGGUUUAUUUAGACUAACACCAGAAGGAAUUGAUAGAAUUGGAUGAAAUUUUGUGGAAACACUAAUUACAAUCUAUUAAAUAGAUAAAUGGAAACGAGAAUGUAUUCAGUGUCAUUAGGUGUGUUUUAAAAGGGUUGUCUCGUGAGCUAGGUAGGGUUAGGUAAGUUACUUUAGGUUAGGUCAAAUUCUAAUAAGUUCUGUGCAUUCUCGUUUACAUUUAUCUACUUAAUUGAUUGUAAUUAAUGUUUCCACAAAGUUUCAUCAAAUUCUAUCAACUUCUUCUGGUGUUACUAGAUAAACCUAACCUAACCGACGACCGGACAAAAAUCUUCAGCCUUUAUUCAUGUGUUCAUCAUAAUUUCUGAUUUCAUGCUUGGAUGUCAUAACAUUACCUGAUAAUUUUCUUUAAUAUAUAAUCAGUGAGUAAGA